CAUUAUCAUCACCAUCUUCACCUUUACGUCCCCACACUCACCACUACCAGCACCACUAGCUAAUCACCCAACCCCCUAACUUCUCAUCCCCUCCCUUCACCUCGCUCUACUGUUACCAUGGCAACAGCUGCCACUGCCUCUUCAUCAUCCUCAUCAUCACCUAGCGGCAGUGCCAGGGAACACCUGCUGGCGGUGCGUCGACGCACUCCACAUACCCGACCCUACACCAUUGGGCCUGACAACGUCUGCAGCUUGUCAGCGCAGGAACCAAUCGGAGCCUCGACCUCGGCCUCCUCUACGAUGUCAUCAGGGAAUCAGCCAGAAACAGCAGGACUGCUUCAGCGGGCCAAUAGCGACACAGACCUGGUGACUUCAGAAAGUCGGUCGUCGCUCACAGCUUCUACGUACCAGGUGACUCUGGGUCACAGCCACCUGGUGAUCUCCUGGGACAUAAAGGAGGAAGUUGAUGCAACUGACUGGAUCGGCUUAUACCACAUUGAUGAGACCUGUGUGGCCAACGUGUGGGAAUCCAAGAACCGCGGCGUGAACGGCACCCAGAGAGGACAGAUUGUGUGGAGACUGGAGCCGGGACCCUAUUUUAUGGAGCCCGAGACAAAGAUCUGCUUUAAAUAUUAUCACGGUAUAAGUGGAGCAUUAAGAGCAACAACACCUUGUAUCACCGUCAAGAAUCCUGCAGUACCCGUGAGGGGUGAAGGCCAGGUGGAGGAGCAGUCGGAGUACGAGCACUGUCGGAAACUUGUCAGCUUCACCCUGUCAGACUUCCGAGCAGUGAACCUAAAGAAAGGGAUGUUCUUCAACCCGGACCCCUACCUGAAAAUGUCGAUCCAGCCCGGGAAGAGGAGCGGCCUCCCAAAGUUUACCCACCAUGGCCAGGAGAGACGCUCCUCCAUCAUAUCCAACACCAUCAACCCUGUGUGGCAUGGGGAGAAAUAUACAUUUGUGGCUUUGAUAACUGAUGUGCUGGAGAUUGAGGUGAAGGACAAGUUUGCCAAGAGCCGGCCAAUCAUCAAGCGCUUCCUGGGCCAGCUGAUCAUCCCCAUCCGGAGACUUCUGGAACGGCCGGCUGCUGAUGAUCAGACAGUCAGCUACAGCCUGUGUCGUCGUCUUCCUAUGGACCAUGUGAGCGGGCAGCUUAUGUUCAGAGUGGACAUCACUUCAGCUGGACAAGAAGAAGCUUCGCCAGACCCUCUGGGAACGAUCCUGGGUGGCGUGAUGAACGGUGACCCUGGGAGUCCCUCUGACGACGAAGAUCUCCAUCAGCUCUCCUCGUCUUUAGGUGCCACAUGUGGACCUUCUCGCAUGGGUUCUGAUGAGGGCGCCUUAUAUGUUAAUGGUUCAUGUUACUAUGGCGAUGACAGUGUGUGGCAGGAGCCUGGGCAAGUGGGAGAGGUGAAUCUGCUUCCUGUGGCUCUUGGCAGCUUCACCCAAAGGCAGGUGUCACUUAAUGACUACCUAGAUUCCCUCGAAGGUCCCAGGAGCAUUGGGGACCGACCUGCUGCAGGGCCGUUACCAAAGCUCAGCUCCAGCUUUCCCACAGACACACGGCUCAGUGCCAUGCUACACAUCGACUCAGAUGAGGAUGAGGAAGGAGCUGGGCAGCACUGGGAUCAAUCGCUGGAAACAAAGACACAGCAGAAUACCAACUCAGCUACACCUGAGUCUCCACAGGGGAGCAGUGGUUCAAAAGGCGAGUCACAGGGCUCAUGUGAGGCAGCGCCUGGAGUUCAGGCCACGGGAGAGGCAGGUUCUUCUGCUGGUGCUCAGUCUGGAGCCAACGCUGCAGGGCCUGAAGCUGGAGCAGGAGCACAAGAAGGUGCUGCUGCACUCCCAAUACAGACACGACAAUCAGCAGAUAGAACUGAAGAAGCUGCCAGAGCAAUGGCUGCACAGGCUGUUGGAGAAACUGCUACAGCUUCCAACUCAUCUCAGGUAUCAAGGGCUGAGGCAGCUGAAGUCAGAUCUGGAGACGCUCCAGGGGAAUGUCCAAGUCAGGAGCAGAGCAUCAGGAUGGGGAAAAACCCAGAAGUACACUGCAAUCCCUCACUUGGUCCUCUUUCACCCAUUCAGGAAGUGAGAACAAGAAAAGCAGUUGUUCCAAAGGCAGAGGAGGAACCGGGGGAGUCGUCGAGCAGUGAGGCAAAUGGGCCGGCACCACCUUCACUGUCCACCUGCGUGGCUGAGCAAGGAAGAAGCACGACGUCUAAAGCUGGUGCCACAGAACAGGUCAAUGGCCACCAGUCUGUCCACUCCCUGCCAUCUGUUCGCCAUGACAUCAGUCGCUACCAGAGAGUAGAUGAACCACUGCCCCCUGAUUGGGAGGCUCGCAUAGACAGCCAUGGUCGCAUUUUCUAUGUGGACCACGUGAACAGAACAACAACAUGGCAACGUCCAACCGCACCCCCGGCCCCACAAACUCUUCAGAGGUCUAACUCCAUACAGCAGAUGGAACAGCUCAAUCGCAGGUAUCAAAGUAUACGUAGGACAAUGACCAAUGACAGUAGACCAGAAGAGCAGCUACCCAAUGAGCUUUCAGCUGAUGAGACUGAUAUGCAACCCUCAUUCCCAGAGCUACGUAGGGACAGCAAUUUGCCACAGUCCAGUCCCAGGUCUCGCCUAACCCUGCUGCUUCAGUCCCCUAGCGCCAAGUUCCUCACCAGCCCUGAAUUCUUCACUGUGCUGCAUUCCAACCCUAGUGCCUACCACAUGUUCACCACCAACACAUGUCUGAAGCAUAUGAUCAGUAAGGUUCGUCGGGAUGCUCAUCACUUUGAGCGCUAUCAGCACAACAGGGACCUGGUGGCCUUCCUCAACAUGUUUGCUAACAAACAGCUGGAGCUGCCCAGGGGCUGGGAGAUGAAGCACGACCACACCGGCAAGCCUUUCUUUGUAGACCAUAACUGCCGUGCCACUACGUUCAUUGACCCCCGGCUGCCUCUCCAAAGCUCUCGGCCGCUGAGCCUCCUCGCUCACCGCCAACACCUGACUCGCCAGCGCAGCCACAGUGCUGGAGAGGUGACCACUCGGCGACUGCUGGGUGAGGACCCUCGUCAUGUUAGCCCACCUGUUCUUCCACGACCUUCCAGCACCUUCACAUCCACCAACAGAGGGCAAUGCCAAGACCUAAUACCAGUGGCUUACAAUGAGAAGAUUGUGGCAUUUCUACGACAACCGAACAUCUUUGAGAUUUUGCAGGAGAGGCAGCCUGACUUUAACCGGAACCAUGCACUCAGGGAGAAAGUGCAGCUGAUCCGCACAGAUGGAGUGUCAGGAUUGGCCAGGCUGUCAGGAGCUGCCGACCUUGUCAUGUUGCUAAGUCUGUUUGAAGAAGAAGUGAUGUCCUAUGUGCCUCCUCAUGCCUUACUUCACCCCAGCUACUGCCAGUCACCUCGGGGGUCACCUGUCUCUUCCCCACAGAAUUCACCUGGUACUCAGAGAGCUAAUGCCAGAGCACCAGCACCCUACAAGAGAGACUUUGAGGCAAAACUGCGAAACUUCUACAGGAAACUGGAAACUAAGGGCUAUGGACAAGGACCAGGGAAGCUAAAACUGAUCAUUCGUCGUGACCAACUCCUGGAAGAUGCCUUCAACCAAAUUAUGUGUUACUCCCGGAAAGACCUACAGCGGAGCAAGCUCUAUGUUAGCUUUGUCGGGGAGGAGGGGUUGGACUACAGCGGGCCCUCGAGAGAGUUUUUCUUCCUGGUUUCCAGAGAACUGUUUAACCCUUAUUAUGGUCUGUUUGAGUACUCUGCCAACGACACGUACACCGUUCAGAUCAGCCCCAUGUCUGCCUUCGUUGACAAUCACCAUGAGUGGUUCAGAUUCAGUGGUCGUAUUUUGGGGAUGGCUCUGAUCCAUCAGUACCUGCUGGAUGCCUUCUUCACCAGACCCUUCUAUAAAGGCCUACUCCGGAUUCCCUGUGACCUGAGUGAUCUGGAGUAUUUGGAUGAAGAGUUUCACCAGUCUCUUCAGUGGAUGAAGGACAACGACAUAGACGACAUGCUGGACCUCUCCUUCACUGUCAAUGAAGAAGUUUUUGGACAGGUCAGUGUGUGUUACCACGAUAACCACAUUGUGAUCCGGUGGUUCUGGGCAGCAGUGGAGAGAUUCAAUAAUGAGCAGAGAUUGCGGCUCCUACAGUUUGUGACUGGGACGUCCAGUAUUCCAUAUGAGGGCUUUGCUUCUCUGCGAGGCAGCAAUGGACCCCGCAGGUUCUGUGUGGAGAAGUGGGGUAAAGUCACCUCCCUACCCAGAGCUCACACCUGCUUCAACCGGCUGGACCUCCCACCGUACCCGUCUUUCUCAGUGCUGUACGAGAAGCUGCUGACUGCUGUGGAAGAGACCAGCACCUUUGGACUGGAAUGAGAUUCUCGUCUCCCAUAUCCCAGUUUUCCCUGCGUCUGCCCCUGGAACACUGCUGCUGAUAGUGAAUUUUGAAGUCCAACUCCUGAUUUAAAUUUAUAACAGGAUGUUUUGUUACAGGACCUUUUGAAAUGUUUUGUGUACAAAGGUAAACCUUUUUGUUGCACCUGCAUGAAUUUCACACCUACUUAAUAACUUGCUUUCACCGAUGUGACAUGACAAAUGAAGACCUGCGCUCGCUUUAGGACUCUGACUGGAACUGCCAAGAUCUGACCAAUCAGAGGUCAAGGGCGCCUGAGUUUUUUUUUUAUUUGGGGGGAGGGAGGGGGGGGGUAAUCAAGGAGGUUAAAAUGGUUGGACCAACUAAAGAACCUGCAGCCACUGCCUUCCCUGCGAAUGUUGACCUGAUUCUACUUCUUUAGCUGAGUUUGGAUGGAUCUCAGAGGACUAUAAGGACCAUCCAAAACUACGUGUCUCUACAAUGCACUUGUAAUACAGCAUGUUAUUGUGAUGUAGUAACUUCACUAUGUGUAGGUUGUGCGUUUAUUUAUUAAAAACCUGAGGUAGACCUAAGGUCACUUUUGUUUUGUUUUUUCAGCUAAUUCUGGAGUGCAGUCAGACGUUUUUGCAGUUCCCUCGUUGUUUAACUCGUUUUCUAAUGAUGCAGGAGUGACAUGUGUGAUCUGAACUAGCUAGCUUUACAGUGUAGAUUGUGAUAUCUCUACCAGAUCUGGAUCUGUUGGCAAAAACAUGUUUGGUCACCACUUACCUGAGUUACUAUAUUGACAACCAAUAUAUGAUCAUCAAUUUAUCAUUUUACUUUUACAACCCCAGUCUUCAAAACAUUAGGAUGCUAUGUAAAAUAUAAAUUAAGGCAGAAAAUUUUGAGGAAAAAAAGUCAAUUUGAAUCUAACGGCAGAAACAUCUCAUAAAAAUUAAGACGGGAUCGUGUCAUGUUUAUCACUAUUUAGUGAGUCUUUGGAAAAGGAAUGUUAUCUCCUUCUUGUCUGAUAUCGGAUUCUAGUUAAGUCUUCUUUGUUGUGUUUUUCACUUCAUCAUGUAUCAAAUGUUUUAACUGGUGAAAGUCUUCGAUGUCAGACCUUAUUCAGUCAUUCAGCAGUAAAAGCUCUGUAACGGUAGAAGCAUGAACGUUACCCAUAAAAUCCCAUUCGAUGGACUUUGCAGUUAGUUCAUUCUCUUUUGUAUAUUCAGAUCUUCACUUAGGAUGCAGUAUAAAUUUAAGCAUGCACUGCAUUACCACAAAAACAAGUCAAAUCUUUAGUCCUGGACUUUGGUUUAUAUUAUUGUUUCAUGCACAGAAAAUUAAAGGAACCUGAAAGCAGUGCAUGAAAAAGUCGCCCUUAAUGAAACUAAAUAUUUCUGAGUAAUUCUGAUGUACUAACAUUAAUGCUGACACAAGUUCUCAAUUACUUACUUUGAAUUUGUCCAUAUUCUCAUCAUCUUUGACUGUCCCUUUAGUUCUGACUUGUUUUCUUGUAAUAUGAGUGUUGUGUGUAAACAUGCUUAAUUCUCCAUCUACUUUCUUUUCUUGCUGAAAUGCGUUUACACCACUGGUUGUUGUAACAAAGUACCAACAUACACACUGCUACUGUGCAGAGAGGUUUAUGUGUGUUCGAUGGCAUUCAACAGUGUAAAUUAUUUAGUGCACAGUUAUUUAUUCAGAACAUUGGAACCACUCCUGCUGCUUUAAAUAUCUGAAAUUGAUUUUGUCUUGGACCUACUGUUUUCCUUCUUUAUAUUUUUAGAGACUGAAGAUACAUUUUGGCAGGAAGUUGAGUAAAAUUUCAUGUACAAACUCACUUCAAAUACUUCUCGUACUGAACAGUUGUCAGUUUCUCACUUGUCUGUCUGGCUAGAAUGUACCAAAGUUUUGAGCCUUACGUGGCAGCCACACAUCUGACAGCCAAUCAGUCUGUCCGGUCCACCUUACUUUAAUAUAUGAAUAUUUGUAAGCACUUCUCUUCUAAAAUAAAGUUUCAUCUCUAUAUAA